AAUCAUAAUGCGUCUGAUGACGCAUUGCGGCUCCGACCCCGCAUGCAACAGAUAUAAGCAGUCUCACUCUUGCCUCUUCGCCUGACAAGAGCCACUUGAUCAACCACUUAUCUUCAGCAACAAUAGCUUCUACACACCAAUCAAGCAUUGACUUGACUAUCCAAUUACCUACCAAUACAUCCUAAAACUCAAACACUGGCAGAGACUUGUCAUGUCGAAAUAUCUCCACGGACAUCACGCUUCUGUCCUUCGUUCCCACAGCUGGCGCACCGUCGAGAACUCGUGUCCACACCUUCUACCCUACCUCAACAACCCCUCUGCCAAGAUUCUCGAUGUUGGUUGUGGUCCUGGUACUAUCACCGUGGAUCUAGCGUCACGCGUACCGCAAGGUCUCGUAUACGGCAUCGACCCUUCUUCUGAGGUCAUCGGCAAGGCGCGGAAGCACGCUGAGGAGAAGGGUGCAACCAACGUGCGCCUGGAAUCUGGGGACAUAUUCGACUGGGAGUCUCUAGAUGGCAUAGAAGAGGCGAGCUUUGAUAUCGUCCAUGCGCAUCAAGUUCUACAGCAUCUCCAGGACCCGCUUGGGGCUAUGAAGCAGAUGAAGCGUCUAGUCAAGCCUGGGGGUGUGCUUGCAGUCCGAGACUGCAACUACAUGGCUAUGGACUGGUAUCCAGAACACGAAGGUAUGCACAAGUGGAAGGAACUAUACAUCAAGGUUGCGCAAGGCUUGAAUGCAUACCCCAACAUGGGCAAGAUGCUGCAUGCGAUAGCUCUGCAAGCUGGAUUUCCAAGGGAGGACAUCGAUGCUAGCAUCGGCGCCUGGACAUUCAGCACACCAGAGGAGAGAGCUUUCUGGUGUGGUCUCUGGGCAGACAGGACCGUGCAGAGCGACUACAAGCAAAGAGCUCUGGAUAGCGGACACGCCAAGAUCGAGGAUCUCGAGGAAAUCGCUGCGACCUGGAGAGAGAUGGAGAAGAAAGAAGAUGGCUGGUUCGCGGUCAUUAAUGGGCAAGUCAUAUGCCACGUAAGGUAGGCUGGUGCAAGUAAUACAAAGCCUACGAGCCAUCUCUCUCCCGAA